AUGCAGAUCUUCGUCAAGACCCUGACGGGCAAGACCAUCACCCUCGAGGUCGAGUCCAGCGACACCAUCGACAAUGUCAAGAGUAAAAUCCAGGACAAGGAGGGAAUUCCACCCGACCAGCAGCGAUUGAUCUUUGCGGGCAAGCAGCUUGAGGAUGGCCGGACGCUUAGUGAUUAUAACAUUCAGAAGGAAUCUACCCUCCACCUCGUCCUCCGCCUGCGUGGUGGUAUCAUCGAGCCCUCGCUCAAGGCCCUCGCCAGCAAGUAUAACUGCGACAAGAUGAUCUGCCGGAAGUGCUAUGCCCGCCUUCCACCCCGUGCCACCAACUGCCGAAAGAAGAAAUGCGGUCACACCAACCAACUGCGACCAAAGAAGAAGCUCAAGUAG